UUUUUUUUUUUAUUUUUCUUCUUUUACAUUCUCAUUUUAUUUUUUCUUUCUACAUAUAUAUAUUUUAUUCAUCAUCAAAAAAAACAACAAAUAUAUUACAAGACACUAUACAAUACAGAACAAUGCAUCCAAACUCUCAACUUCAUCAAUACUUACAACAAUCACCUUUGUCUGCCAAUACGUCAAACAACCCUUUAGCUGCUGUUUUACAGUCUGCCAGUGCAGGCGCUGGUGGUAUUAACUCUUUAUCUCAACAUUAUUCAGCCCUUGGAAGUGGAGCUAAUCAACCACAAAAUUUGGCAGCCAUGCAACAACAACAUCCUGCUAUUACUCGUACACCUGUUACCAAUGGAAAUACUGAUCCUUUCGCUACUUAUGCUGCUUUGAUGGGAAACAAUCCUGCCGCUGCUGCUGCUGCUGCCGCUGCUGCCAACCAACAACAAAUGUCUAAUCCUCUUAAUACAAACUUCCCCUUUAUGCAACAAGACCAUCAACAAGUACAAGGACCACCACAACAACAGCAACAACAACAACAAAAAAUUGGACAACUUGAUGAAGAAAAGAUAUAUGCUUUAGUAUUGGAUCUUUUGAACCCGGUUUUACGUGAACAAGCACUCUUGGACCUCAGUAAAAAACGUGAACAGUAUGAAGAUUUAGCUCUAGUACUUUGGUAUUCUUAUGGUGUUAUGUCUGUUUUACUUCAAGAAAUCGUAUCAGCUUAUCCAUUAUUGACACCUCCAACUUUGAGUGGCGGUGCCUCGAACAGGGUUUGCAAUGCUUUGGCAUUACUUCAAUGUGUGGCAAAUCAUAAUGAAACUCGUACAUUAUUCUUGCAUGCACAUAUUCCUUUGUACUUGUAUCCUUUCCUCAAUACAUCAAGUAAAACUCGACCUUUUGAAUACUUGCGUCUGACUAGCUUAGGUGUCAUUGGUGCAUUGGUCAAGAACGAUAAUCCUGAAGUAAUCAGCUUUUUAUUGUCGACUGAAAUCAUCCCUCUCUGUCUUCGUAUCAUGGAAACUGGAAGUGAAUUAUCGAAAACGGUGGCCAUCUUCAUUGUACAAAAGAUUCUAUUAGAUGACACUGGACUUUACUAUAUUUGCCAAACUUAUGAACGUUUCUAUGCUGUUGCUACUGUCUUGAACAAUAUGGUCAAUCAACUAGUUGAAGCUCAAGCAAUGCGUCUAUUAAAACACGUUAUUCGAUGUUAUUUGCGAUUGUCGGAUAAUCCAAGAGCACGCGAGGCACUUCGUCAAUGUUUACCUGAUCCUUUGAGAGAUACAACUUUCCAACAAGCUCUAAAGGAUGAUAUUCCAACAAAGCGAUGUUUAGGACAAUUGUUACUCAACCUUUCAGAUGGAAUGCACUAGGUCAAUAGAUUCUGGCCCCUUCUUUUUUUUAUUAUAUUAUGUUACCCGUGACCCUGUCUUCCUUGGAUUCCUGUUGGUCUUCCCCUUUUUAUUCACUACUAUUAUUAUUAUUAUUAUUUUGUUUUACUCCUCCCCACAUUUGAAGAAUAUUGUAUACAAGCUCCCAUUCACUGAUUCUUCUUUUAUUUUACUCAAACAUACAAUGCCUCUUCCAUAUCAUCAUCAUUAUCAUUAUCAUC